GUCCCCCUCGCAGGAACGUGGUGGACUUCCUCUUGCGCUCAUGGAAUUAGGGGGCUUCUGCGAGGAACGCAUAACGACUCUUCUACCUCGCAUCUGAAAGUUGAAAGAAGUCGGUCCUGGCCUGGCGUGACAGAGAAUGAGCAGAACUGUGCCUCUUCCCAAAGUCCAUCACAUCACGAAAUACCCAGAAAAGAAGCCAGAAAAAGAGUCCCAUCGACGAGCAGACGGCCUCAAAAGCCUCCUCUCCCAGCUCCAGCGACAUGAUAGCUUAUCUUUACUCCCCCAGCUCCACGCCAGAAUCGUCAAAUUUCCCAAGCACUCCAAGCACCCCUUCCUCCUUACCCGCCUCGCCCACGCCUACCUCCUCUGUAAUUACCUGCCUCCCGCCGAGCGAAUCCUCGCCAAGGCCUUCCCCAAGUCCUCCCCGCCGCCUAUCUUCCUCUGGAACGAGACGAUCAAGGCCCACUCCCGGAACGGCUGCUUCCGAGAAUCCAUCUACGUCUACCGCCGGAUGCUCGCCCGCGGGCUCUGCCCCAACGCCUUCACCUUCACUUUCGUCCUCCCAGCCUGCGCGGGCGCGCUCUCGGCUCCCGACGGCCGGAGGGUCCACAAGGACUCUGUCAGAUUCGGCUUCGACUCCAACCUCUUUGUUGCCACGGCUCUUGUGCACAUGUAUUCUAAGUGCGGGGAGAUUGGUGCUGCCAGGGAGGUGUUCGAUGGAAUGCCCCAGAGAGGUACCGCCACGUUCAAUGCCAUGAUUGCUGGGUGGGUCUUAAAAAUUCCAAUGUAUAUGUGGAAUGGGAAAUGUGAGGAAGCCAUGUCCAUAUUCGACCAAAUGCAGAGACUUGGGGUCCAGUAUGAUGCAAUGACAAUGGUGAGCAUCCUGCAGGCCUGUGCUUCUCUUGGAACCCUGCAGAAAGGAAGAUGGGUUCAUGAACAGGUCAUAAGGGCCCACAUGGAGAUAAAUGUUCACCUGGGUGCAGCACUCAUAAAUAUGUAUGCUCGGUGUGGCAGCAUUGAAGAAUCAAGAAGAGUCUUCGAUGAGAUGCCAAGAAGAGAUCUUAUCAGUUGGACGGCGAUCAUAUGUGGAUAUGGUAUGCAUGGAUUAGCCGAUGAUGCGGAAUCUCUAUUUAACCAAAUGAUGGAAUCUGGAUUUGGCCCUGAUAGCAUUGCUUUUGUUGGACUUUUAUCAGGAUUUAGUCAUAAAGGGAUGGUUCAUAAGGGUCAGAUAUAUUUUAAAAAAAUGACUGAAGAGUACUGUAUUAAGCCUUCUUUGGAGCAUUGUAGUUGCAUGGUUGAUAUGCUUGGUAGGGCUGGAAGACUAGAUGAGGCAGAGGAGUUCAUUAGGAAAAUGCAUCUGGAGCCGGAUCCUGGUGUAUGGGGUGGGCUGUUGAAUGCGUGCAAGAUUCAUGGGAAUGUUGACAUGGGUGAGAGAGUUGUAGAACAAGUCUUAAGAAUAGACCCAUACAAUGCAGGUUGGUAUGUCUUGAUGUCUAACAUCUAUGCCACUGCCAGAUGUUGGGAUGGAGUUGCAAAGAUGAGACUGUUAAUGAAAGAGAGAAAGGUUUCAAAGUCUCCUGGUUGGAGUUCGAUCGAGAUUGGAGGGCAGAGACACAGCUUCCUUGCAUUUGAUCAGUCCCACCCAAGGUCUGACGAGAUAUACAUGCUUAUAAAGAACCUCGAGGAGAGGAUGCAUACAGAGGGAUACAUUGCAGAAACAAAAUGUGUGCUGGUGAAUUUGAAUGAAGAAGUGAAGGAAGACAUGCUAUGUGGGCAUAGGGAAAGACUGGCAACUGCUUUCAGGAUUUUAAGCACGAAGGAAGGGGAGGCUUUGAGAGUGAUUAAGAACCUGAGGCUAUGCAUGGAUUCAUAUCCGAGAUUGUGAAGAGGGAGAUUAUAGUUAGAGAUGCAAGAAGAUUCCACCAUUUUAGAGAUGGGGUGUGCUCUUGUGGAGACUGUUGGUGAAAUUGCUAGGCUUAACUGCUCGAGUGUGUGCUAGGAUAGAGGGUGAUUGAUCCAUCUCCUUACUUAAACUGAUAUGUUGGCUUAUGCGGUAUGAGAUUCCUGAGUCUACCUUCUAGCUGCCAUAAAUUUGGUGCAAGUUCUAUCAAUGAGGAUUUGCCCUUAGAGAUCUGGUUCUGAAUAAAUUGCUAUAGUUAGUAGUCUCAGGUAAGAACAUCCAUGCCAUUUGUAGAAUCCUAGAGUGGGAAUCUGUUGAAGAGACGUCAUUUUUGCUAUGGUCUAUAGUAUGCAAUGCUCUGUCAACACUUUCCAUCGAGGGUUCUUUAAAAAAUUGAUUGAAAAGUCCGUUGAUUUUGAGAUCACAAAGCUUCACAGCUUCCGGCCAUAGGCAGUCCAAGCUAGCUCCUUAGGAUUGAUACCCUUGGAUGGUUAACAUCCGAUUCGGUAUGGCAUUAUAAGCUGAUCUGCUUCUUUUCUUUUUGAUUGUUCGUACUUUUUCAAAACAUUUUCUUCAUUCAGCAUGUACAUGCUUAAUAUAUCUGAAUGCAACAAUCAAAACAGAUUAAGAUUUGAUGACAUGUACUAUUUAUUGAAAACAGAAUCUAAAUGAGAAUGUCAUUUACUGA